AUGGCGCCCGCCAAGGAAAUCGAAGAGGCCCUCAUGUAUGGCACCUUUGAAGUAUUCACAGCAGACCCCGACAGCACUACAGUCAACAAGGUCCGUCAGCACGUCGAAGAAAAGCUGUCUCUAGACCAGGGAUUCUUAUCCAACGACGAUUGGAAGGGCAAAAGCAAAGAGCUCAUUAAAGAAUACGUGAGCAAAUUGCUUGAGGGAUGGAAACCAGAGCCGAAAAAGGAAGCAAAAGAGAAGCUUAAGAAGGAAACAAAAAACGGAAAGCCGAAAAAGAGCAAGUCAAAGGCAAAGAUUCAAGACUCAGAUGACGAAAAUGACGACGACGAUGACGAAAAAGAAGAAGCUGUGUCGCCCAGCAGAAAGCGCAAACAUACGCCCGACAAUGACGAUGACGAAGAUGGCGACCAAAAAGUAGACGAAUCGGACGAAUACUCAGACGUAAUCGACAUUAUACCGACCAAGCGCAAGAAGGGGUCCAAAAAGGAACCCUCGUCUCCGAACAAGACAAAGCCCAAGAACCAGCCAAAGAAGCCAUCUGGCGAUGAAGACCCUCUGGACAGCGAGAUCAAAAAACUACAGUCGCAGCUAACGAAAUGUGGUGUCCGCAAGAUGUGGCACAACGAACUCAAAGACUAUCCCGACGCGCGGGGUAAGAUUCGCCAUCUGAAGCAGAUGCUCACGGAUAUCGGCAUGGACGGUCGUUUCUCGGAAGCCAAAGCGCGCGAGAUUAAAGAGACACGUGAGCUGCUAGCUGAUGUAGAGGCCGCAAAGGAGAUGAAUGCGCUCUGGGGCGCCGAGGGCGAGGGACGAGCAAGUAGGAAUAAAGGACGUGCGAAGAAGAUUGUGGAUAGCGCGAGCGAAGAGGACGAAGAACAGGACGACGAAGACGAGGAGGUUGUGGUCGCGGCAAAGAAGCGAGCACGAGCUGACUUGGCUUUCCUGGGAGACUCGGACUCUGAUUCAGACUGA